AUGAAUUAAAUAUUUACAGAGAGAAGUGUUUAAGGCAAUAAAGUUUCGAUGGUACCUGAUGACUCUGAAAUAAAAAUUGUGAAAAUUGAAAAUUAAGUCAGGUCCAGAAAGGAAAGUAGGAGUUCGGCAAAAUCAUAGAGACCAGAAUCGAAUAUUUUAAAUGAUGGGGAGAAAAAAAAAUCCACUUUUGAGGACAGUAGAAUAACAAUGCUGUUAUUUGAGAAAUACAAGACUGUUGAAUUGGCUAGAUUCUUUACGAUAACUGCUACGAUUACUUUAAUAGUGUUUGAAUAUGAAUAUUCAUAUAGCGAUUAUUUAACAAGAACCCUGGAUGAAGAAAUGAAAUUAUUUCUCUAUUUAAUUAUGUUCUUAACCAUUCUCAGCAUUAUUUUGACUUUCAUUAGUUAUCAGGUUUUGAUGGCAUAUCAAAAAGAAGCACAAAUGAUCACUCCACAAGCGAACUUAUCUGAAACUUCCUUGAUUUGGGGUAUAGCUUGGGAAAUAAUCUUACUGAUCCUAAUACCAACUCCAUAUACACGCUAUUAAAGGGUAGAAUUCCAACAAAGAUAUACUGGCACAAUGAGAUUCUAUUUCUUUAAUGAAAUUUUAACCUUUUUUGCAAUGUUUAAAGGGUUCUUGUUGCUCAACAUAAUAUUUAAGUUCUAGAAAUACUCAUCCUCAAGAAUAGGCAGGAUCUGCAGAUUGUAUUCAGCAGAUUUCAAUACACACUUGAUGUUGAAAUUAUGUAUAAGAGACAAGCCGUUUGAGACCUAGUCGAUUUUAUUCGCUGGAGGGAUGUUCGUUUUUGGCUACUCCUUGGAAGUAGCAGAGCGAGCCCUUUUUAGAUUGGAGGACUCAGUGGAUGCCUCCUAUAUCGGUAACAGGUUCUGGAUAAAUCUCAUCACAAUUUUCACUGUUGGGUAUGGUGACUUCUUUCCGUACACAGAUUUGGGUAGAGUGGCUAUGGGUUGUGGUGUAGUUUAUGGAGUAGUCGUCACUUCACUUUUUACUGCUACUCUAUAUAAUUUACUAACUCCUUUGAAUGGGGAAUAUCUGGCAUGGGCAUUGUUGGAAAAGGCUAAUAUCAGGAAAGUAAUUUAGAAUGUUAGUGGGAACAUAUUAAUCAAACUCAACGAUAUAUCUAAAAAACACACUCUCCAUAUCAAAACCUUGGAGGAGGCAAGUCAUUUGAAGGAUUAGGUGGGAGUCAUGAACAAUCUGUUGCAGGAGGUUAGUACUUUGAAGAGGUAAUAUAGAGAUAUCGAUGGCGAAGAAUUUAUGGCUAUGGUGAAACGAAAGUUUAAAGAUAUCAAUGGGUAAUUUGAGGAUGUCUUUGAAUUUUUGGAGAAAAUCCAGAAGCAACAAAAAUUGAUAGCUUCAACAAUCGAAAAGCCUUUUGAUUUUUCAAUAAAGUAAUCAGUCAAGGUCAAGGAGAGUAGUAAGGAUGACGAAUUCUUUGACAACUUAAAUGAAACUGUAAAUUGUUCUCACUUAAUGCGUUUCGAGGAAGACUGA